AUGGCGCGAAACGGCAGCCAUAUGGAACUCAGCGCUCUCAGUGCCUGUCUCGCAGCUGUUGUCUGUUCUUCACAGCAACCACCUCUCCGGCCACUCGGUAGUGCCGCUGGUGAUGGGACCUCUCUGAUAAUUAAAGCUGUGCUGGAUAGAGCGACCGAGCUACUGGCGGAUGCCCAUUCCGCAGCCAACUACAUCAGAUCAGCACGUUCGCUUUGGCAUGCGUCAUUUGAUGCUUUCUUUGGACUGUUGACGAGGUACUGUGACAGCAAGUAUGAAAGUAUCAUGCAGAGGUUUGCCAUGCAGGGAUCCAACUCCAUGGGAGGACCUGAAACCACCAAAGCAGUCAGCAGGGAGAUGCCCGUUGAGCUGUUACGUGCGAGUCUUCCUCAUACUAAUGAGCAGCAUCGUCAGACACUGCUAGAUUUUGCUCGGAAAUCUACGCAUCUGCCUGGUUUCAGUCCUACUGCUAACCGUGGACUUGUCAAUUCUGAAUCAGUUCCAGGUUAACGCCAUUGAAGAGGCCUGAUGGUCGUCUGUUUUGAUUUAUAUAUGGCACGUAAGGCGUGAGCUUGGAGAAGUUCCAUUGGCUCAGUGAAGCUGGCAU